AUGUCCUUACAAAAACGAGCAAAUAUGGCGGCCGUCAUGUUAUUAGCCUGUUGUAGCAUCAAUGUAAUGGGGGCAUUAGUAAGCAAAAGCUGAGGGAUCAAAGUCAGUGUGUAUACGUUGUUGUGUCGAGAUCACGAAUAACUUCCUAUUUCAGUAGAUCUACCUCUCCUGAAUUAUAUCUGUUCAGAGUGCCAAUUCAUGAACUCCCCCCACCUUCCUUCCUCAUGGCUCAAGCACCCCGAGUGCAUUCGUGGAAUCUAACACAGAAGAAUAUUGUGAUUUCACUUGAAGCCGACACCAAAGAGAAAGUUCAAAGCAAAAUGUGUGAAGAGAUGUGAUCUUUCUGAGAAGCGUGACAAUGAACAACCUCCAUGUAACAUCGACGGGUGGGAUGACGAUAUGUAACAUGAACAACUCCAAUACGGUGACAAUUAACACGUCUCAUAUGAACAGUCACAUGAACUCGGGCAUGAUCAGCGAUGACAUCAGUGAACCUAGUUCUCCGGAGAGUGGACAGUUUGACGCCUCUGAUCUUCUUCGCAAUGCAGUCACAGACGAUGUCACUGCUCAACUAGCAGCUGCAGGUACCAUUGGGGUUGCGGCUGCUGCAGCAAUUGCCUCAAGUAAGAAACGGAAACAUCCACAUCAUUUUGAAACAAAUCCCUCAAAACGGAAACGCCAGCAAACAAGAUUGCUAAGAAAAAUGAAAGCUACAAUUGAUGAGUACACGACACGUGUGGGGCAGCAAGCAGUUGUGUUAUGUUGUACACCUGGUAAACUCAGCCAGGCAGUACAGUCCUUCAAAGUGUUUGGCUCACAACCAUUAGAAAAUGUGAUACGGAGCAACAGAAAUGUUGUGAUGCAGGAACUAGAAACUUGUUUAGCAGACCAAGCACCUCCUUCUCAUACAGAUAAUACGGGAUUACAUGAGUUACCUCCCUUAGUUAUCGAUGGCAUUCCAACACCUGUCGACAAAAUGACACAGGCCCAGCUAAGAAACUUUAUUCCUGAGAUGCUAAAGUAUUCUACGGGAAGGAGCAAGCCAGGCUGGGGCAAAGAUGAAAGCAGACCUAUCUGGUGGCCAAACGAUUUGCCGUGGGCAAAUGUUCGCAGUGACGCCAGAACAGAGGAAGAAAAGAAAAGGGUAUCAUGGACAGAUGCUUUAAGAAACAUUGUGAAAAACUGUUAUAAACACCAUGGGCGAGACGACCUGCUGCAGGUGUUUAUGGAGGAAAUGUCUGGAAUGAUGCAGGUGCAAACAGGCACAAAUGCUGCAGCAUUUGGUGGCACUAUGGUCCAGACGAUCAACAAUCCGGACGGCACAGUGUCCAUCAUACAAAUAGAAACAGGUCCACAGUCUGUGGUCACCCUUCCGGACGGUACACAGGCCACUGUUGUACAUGCUAUCCAGCAGCAGCAGGGCCAUCAACACCUGACACAGCACGAGGCCACACAGGCGGUACAGACGCUGGCCGAGGUCGCGUCCAAUCAGAAUGACCUGUCCCAGACGCUGAGUGCUCACAUGACACCAGUGUCUCUGGAGAUGAACUCAGAGAAUACUCACCAGCUCAUCAACCAGAACGGACAGAUCAUCCUGUCUGGUGAUGCCCAGAUUGGCGGUAUAGUGACCAUUCCUGUGUCCAUGUACCAGACAAUGACCGGAGGACUUGCCAAUCUGACAGACACACAACAUGCCGGUCUUAUCCAGGGGACAAUGUCCCAAUUCUCCACUGACCGCCUCAACACAAUGACCACAAAAACACACUCUAUGGUACCAGAUGCCACUCAGGCAGUAGAAGUGAUGACCGUCGACCAGCAACAAGUACAGAAUCAGUCUUAACAGUCAGUGUUAUUAGGGAGGGGGAAUUAGGGGCUGCUAGCUCCACUCUAUUAUGAUCAUCGCCACUUACAAUCAGUUUUCAACUUUAUAACUUAUCUGUGUUUGAAACGUUUUGUGAAAAAACUGUCAAGGUUAAAAAGAUGAAAUCACACCAUUUGUCUUCUUUUUCAACUUCAAAUAUUUUCAAUAUUUCAUAUCUUGCAGCGUAAUUAGGUAUAUCUGUUUUAAAUCAUGUUUUAGGAUGUGUCAUAAUGUUAGCCCUAAUCUCAAUCAUGGUUUAUGUACAAAGUUUAUACAACAUACAAACUAUAACAUUGUUCCUUUUGGUACUGCAUAGUGUUUCUAUUUCACUGAUAUUUUAAUUAUGAAUUACAUUUUUGAUUUGCUUAAAAUAUUUAAAUUCUACAAUCCAGUGAAAGGCUAUUAUUAAAGCUUAGAGUGGUAUUUUCUCUUUGGUAUUCUUAAAACCCUGCAUAGUUUUAAAUUGUAAGAAAUCAUCUGAUAAUUACGGUUAAUUAGGAGAGACAUAUACUUUUUAUAGCGAUUUAUAUACUUUUUCUGAUUCAUGCUACUGGGUCAUUUUCUGUAUGUCGGAGCUAAGCAACAGAUUAAAAUCCUCAAAA